UACAACAUUUCUCCGAGCUAUGUGACCCUCAAACCAGUAAAUAAAUAAUGUGACCUGCCCAAUGCCCGCUUCAGUUUUAUCAAUUCGUACAUAAACAACAGUAGGCUAAUUGUAAACUUAAAAACUUGUUUAGUGACCAGAAAAAGUUAUGAGACAAAGUGUAUGCGUCAUCUUUGCUGUAUAGUAGUAUAUUAUAGAUUGUUAAAUAAAUGUUCGGCGGUAAUUUGGCUGUACAGUGUAUACCUUUGCGUUUUUCCUACGGGAAAGAGUAGAAAAUAAAUUCAUCUUCCACUUUGACAGUCCAGCAAAUUAUUUAUUUAGUCUGUUCAGUAAAUAUUUGUGUUCGGGAAAUUUUGAAAUUCAAUGUUGAUUUCGAUUUAUUUUAAUUAAAAGAUAUGGAAGAAAAACAAACUUGUGCAAUAAUCUUAAAUGAGAACGCAUUUUGGGAGUCUCUUAAUGUGUUAAUUAAAAAACCACAUGUAGUAAAUAAAAGGAUAUGGGGUUGUACGGUUUUAGGCAAACGCAGUUUUAAAUUAUUACCAAGCAAUUUCAAACUAAUAUUGGACCAUAUGAAAUUAAAAAGUGAUAAGAAUCCGGAACGAACCUUUAAGCAACUCAUAGAAGAUUUAACUGUGCCAACAGCUGAGACAAAUAUAACCGAAGUUGAAAUUAUAUUUGUAGAACUACUUCCUAAGAACUAUAGUGAAAUACAUGCUUUUCAAUUAAUUUGCUUGGAAAAGACCGAAUCAAAAGUGAUGUUUUUUGAUGUGACGCCCCUGGAGAAAGAACAGAACUUGUGUCCGAAAUUUUCAUAUAGCUUCAAUUUUGAAUAUAAUAAAAUAAUUUUGGAUACACCAUCCGAUGUUUCUGAAAAAUCAAAACAGUGGCUCAAGGAUACUGUUUUGCCUCAAGUUGUCAAGUGGAGUAAAGAGUUUUUGGGUAGUGAAGCCAAUAAAGUUUGUAAUGAAUCAUUGGCUCUGGUAUUGCAAGAUAAAUACUAUGAAAAAUAUAACCAACUUAAAAUAAAAUAUGGCAAGAAAAUGGUUAAGAUAUGGCCUGAAUGCACAGACCCAACAAAAUUUGUUUAUGAAGAUAUAGCCAUUUCCACAUAUCUACUCCUUCUAUGGGAGGAAGAAAGGACUCCUCAAACUUUUGUUGAUGUUGGAUGUGGUAAUGGUUUACUUGUUUAUAUCCUGACUAUGGAGGGGCAUGAUGGAAUAGGUGUUGAUGUAAGGAAAAGGAAAAUAUGGGAUUUAUAUCCUGAUAAUAUUAAAUUGAAGGAAAUGACAAUAACACCUACAAAUUACCACACAAUAUCACAUGGGAAUUGGAUUAUAGGCAAUCACUCUGAUGAGCUCACUGCUUGGAUACCUGUGAUAGCUGCAAGGAGUUCAUAUAAAUGUAACUUUUUCCUACUGCCAUGUUGUGCUUACAAUUUGGAUGGUACUAAAUAUCAGAGACAUAACUCCGCAAAAAGUCAGUACUCAGAAUAUUUAGAGUAUAUUCAGAAGUUAUGUCAAGAAUUUGGGUUUGAAACCAAAAUUGAUAGACUCAAAAUUCCUAGUACAAAAAGGAUAUGCCUUAUUUCCCAAAACAGAAUGUAUGUUGAAGAGGAAUAUCAGAAAUACUUUAAUAUUAUUCAGGAAAUUGUUAAUGAGCAGAUAGGGUUAAGUAAUAAUGAACUAAAGUAUUUCAAAACUAGAGAGUCAGUUGAAAAAGUAAAAAACUGUACUCAAAUAGAUAAAGGUGUUACUGACCAUAUAAUUAAAUGUAUUACAAGUUAUUUGCUGCAAGGAUGCAACUUAGAGGAUGAUUGGUCAUGUGGAAAAAAAGUUCAGAUGAACGAACUAGUGGAAUUGAUACCAUCUGAUAUGUUAAAAGCACUAAAGUCAGAAUGUGGUGGCUUACAAACUCUUCUAAGAAAUAACCAUCACAUUUUUGAUGUUCAAAAGGGAUGUGUGCAAUUGAGAUUUCCAAGGACAAUGGAUGAGGUGAAAAAAAAAAUUAAGAGUAACAGAAAUAGUGAUGUGAAAAUGCAGGAAAAAAAAUGUUGGUUCUUCAUAAACCACCCACAAGGAUGCCCUUUAGACAGGUCUGUGUGUAGUUUCCUACAUUAAAAAUAUUGACAUUGUAAAUAUAAGAGAUUAUAUAAUUGGAUUAUGUGAAAUUUAGAAAGAACUUUUAUUAAUGGAUUGUAAAAAUUUUAAAGGAAUUUUAUAUAAAUAAAA